AUGACUCCUGUAAGUACUGAUACUCCAACAACUCGUCGACGUGUGUCAAUGAAAUUUGCAAAAUCUUGGGCAGAAGUGGUAAAAUUAGGUGUUGCAAGACCACAAUCGAAGACUGUUAAAAAAAGAGUCCAAAAAGGAAGAUCACUGAAGAAGAUAACCCAAUCACCAAAGACUCCAGAAAGAAAAAUAAAAGGUCAUUUUAGUACAGGUCAUGCAGAGUCACCUGCUACAAUAGUUGUAGGUAGAGCUUAUUCCACCACAGUAAGAAUGGCUGGACAGGUCCCUAAAGUGGUAAAAAAUCCUAUCCUGAAGCUAAACAUGAACAUGGAUGAAAGCUUCACAGGAAUGAAUGAAAUGUUUCAAACUCCAGAAAAUAAGAGUGGAAAAACAUUACCUUUGGCCACUGUUCAGAAGACUGAUUUUACACCAACGUGUACUGCAGUGGAAAUUUCUGAAUUGCACACUCCUGAAGAAUCUGGAGAGAUGAUGGUGUCACCAUUAAAUAGUUCAGAUGCUUCAGAACAGAAACAAGAUAGUCCAGGCGUUUGUCGCUUUCUGAGAGAGGAAUCUCUAAAGUCUAUGUUUGAUGCGAUUUCCACGAAAACUCCUGAAAAAAGAAAAGCUGUGCUGGAAGAAAACAUUAGUGUGGAUAGUUUGUCAAUAAUUCCAGAAAAACAUGCAUCUCGGGUGAAAUCAGGAAGUAAAAGGGGGACUCCAAAGAAGAAGUUGAAGCCAGUUGAGGUCGUGUCAGGCAUCAAGCAGCUUUUAAGGACCCCAGAGCAAAGGUCAGAACCAGUAGAGGCCUUGUCAGGCAUCAAGCAGCUCAUGAAGACCCCAAAGCAGAAGUCUGAGCCUGUAGAGGCUUUGUCAGGCAUCAAGCAGCUCAUGAAGACCCCAAAGCAGAAGUUGGAGCCUGUAGAGGCUUUGUCAGGCAUCAAGCAGCUCAUGAAGACCCCGAAGCAGAAGUUGGAGCCUGUAGAGGCUUUGUCAGGCAUCAAGCAGAUCAUGGAGACCCCGAAGCAGAAGUUGGAGCCUGUAGAGGCUUUGUCAGGCAUCAAGCAGCUCAUGAAGACCCCGAAGCAGAAGUUGGAGCCUGUAGAGGCUUUGUCAGGCAUCAAGCAGCUCAUGAAGACCCCGAAGCAGAAGUUGGAGCCUGUAGAGGCUUUGUCAGGCAUCAAGCAGAUCAUGGAGACCCCGAAGCAGAAGUUGGAGCCUGUAGAGGCUUUGUCAGGCAUCAAGCAGCUCAUGAAGACCCCGAAGCAGAAGUUGGAGCCUGUAGAGGCUUUGUCAGGCAUCAAGCAGCUCAUGAAGACCCCGAAGCAGAAGUUGGAGCCUGUAGAGGCUUUGUCAGGCAUCAAGCAGAUCAUGGAGACCCCGAAGCAGAAGUUGGAGCCUGUAGAGGCUUUGUCAGGCAUCAAGCAGCUCAUGAAGACCCCGAAGCAGAAGUUGGAGCCUGUAGAGGCUUUGUCAGGCAUCAAGCAGCUCAUGAAGACCCCGAAGCAGAAGUUGGAGCCUGUAGAGGCUUUGUCAGGCAUCAAGCAGAUCAUGGAGACCCCGAAGCAGAAGUUGGAGCCUGUAGAGGCUUUGUCAGGCAUCAAGCAGCUCAUGAAGACCCCGAAGCAGAAGUUGGAGCCUGUAGAGGCUUUGUCAGGCAUCAAGCAGAUCAUGGAGACCCCGAAGCAGAAGUUGGAGCCUGUAGAGGCUUUGUCAGGCAUCAAGCAGCUCAUGCAGACCCCGAAGCAGAAGUUGGAGCCUGUAGAGGCUUUGUCAGGCAUCAAGCAGCUCAUGAGGACCCCACAGCAGAAGCCAGAGCCAGUUGAGGUCCUGUCAGGUAUCAAGCUGCUCUUGAGGACCCCACAGCAAGAGUUGGAACCUAUUACAGAUGAAAUUGCCUUUAAAAGAUUGCUGAAGACUCCAGUACAACAAAGGGAAGCAGUAAAAGAUGUGGCAGGGGUUACUUUAAUCAAGAAAACUCCAAAGCUGAAAUAUCAACCAGUAGAAGACAUGAUUGGGGUCAGCCGUAUUUUCAAGACACCAAAGGAAAAAGUUGAACCCAUAGAAGAUAUGUUUGGUAUUAGCAGACUACUGAAGACUCCAAGAGAGAAGCAUCAACCAGUUGAUGAUUUUGUGGGUCUGCAAAGGCUUAUGGCAGAACCCAGGCAGAAAUGUUCUGAUUUUGAAGUGGACUAUGUUGGAGUUACGGAAAUGUUUGAUAUACCAGAGGAAAUUAAGGUCAGAUCAGUAAAUGUUACGGAUUCUAAGCAAGAAGAUACUGCACCUCCUUGUACUAAUUCUGGUCAUAAAUAUGAAGACAAAGGAAAUAUUUCACAAGGUGAAGAUUCUCAACAGAAGGAAUCAACUAGUGAAGACCAGUCUACCCAGAGACCAACAAGGGCCAGAUCACGGAAAACAAUACAUCCUGCUUCAACAAAGCAGUGUGAAAAGGAUUUGAAUUUAAAAGAAUUGCAAGGUCUGGAAAAAAAGAGCACCCAAGAGGAGAUGGGAGAGAUCAGUACUUCAACUUCAGUAGCUAAAAAGGAAGGAAGAGGAAGGAGAACAAACUGUUGCACACAAGAAGAAAUUGUUUCAAAGCACCCUGAUCAGGAAAAAGUUGAAACUGUUUCAUUUGUGGAACCACAUGGAGCUACUCAAAGACCAGAAAGAGGUAAAAGGAAAGAACCGAAGGAGUUAAAACAUCCAAGUGAGAAUCUUGAGUCUUGUGGCAAAGGUUCUUCAGUGCUAGGAAAAGAACCUGCAAAUAUGAAACAGACUUUGCAGGAGUGUGGCAUCAAUGACAUAUUAGAAACUGAAGAUGAUCCAACCAUAAAGAUAGUAAGUGUAUCUAGUUGCAUUCAAAAUGAAAAUUGUCAACUGCAAACAGGUUUAAAAAAAAAUGAAAACAAAUCUAAUGAAGGUGGUGUAGAAGACAGCGAAGAAAUGCUUCUGUCACCAGGGAAGAGGUCUAGGAGGGUAAAAAAAGUAGAAAACACAGAACCACUGAUUCCACCCAAAAGAGGAAGAAGAGCUAGAAAUGACCAAGUUAAACAAGCUUCUUCAGAGGACCUUCAUGGGACAGCAAGGAAGCUUCGCAAAGACCCAUCAGCAAAGAUGAUACAAAGAGAUGAACAGACUUUUGACAAAGAUACUGAGACUGCCACAGCAGAAGAAUCUGAAAACGGAACUAAACUUGAAGUAAAGAUAAUAGAGAAAAGAGUUAAGUCUUUAAGAAGUGCUAGAAAACACUCAACUGAAGUAAAAGCAGACAUUUGCAGCAUGGCACUUGGAAAUAUAGAAAACAUUCAGAAAACUGAGGAAACUUCAGCUGAAACUCAUACUGAAACACAAUCACACAUCAAAAAUGAGAUUAAAGUAUCUCAGGGAGAUGAAACAGAAAAUGCUGAGGAAAAUACAACAGAGGCAUCUCAAAGAUUAAAGGCAGAUUCACCUUCUGGAGAGACAAACAAAAUGCCAGUUACUGCUCUGAACUUGGAAGCAAACAGAAGUGCAGUACAAGAAACAAUCAGAACUAGGAACAGGAGAGGCAAAAAUGACUCUCUGGAGAAAAGGACUGAUGAAUUUGCCAAAGAUGUAAACAACCCAGAACUAAUUACUCCCAAAUUUAAGUCAGAAACAGAAAUGGACAAAUCUCUCAAAGAUUCUUUGAGCUCUGUUUGUAUCAAGAAUACAUACCAAGUCACGAAGGACCAUAACAACCCAGCUGGCACAUCAAUACCUGCUGCAAACAGUGACAGUCUUGCUCAUAGCCAUCAAAAGCGGACAAGAAAUGAACGGGGAAUACUUAAACCAAAGCAAACUGAAAUCCUGGAAGAGAAUCAAGCACAAAACAAUGGAACUGCAUGUAGAAGGGGUAGAGGUAGACAAGUUAAUUUUGAACUUGAAGAAGCUAGUUCCAAAGUGGUUGUAGGAAAAAGGAGUUUACCUGGGGAUGACAAAGGAAUGACUUACAAAGAUGGUCAACAUGAGACUUCAGAAAAUCCUUCUUCACAAGUAAGGAGGAGCAGAAGAAAGCAAGUUGGUUCCAUGCCACAAAUAGCUUGUUCUACCUUUAUGGAAAAACAAACAUUAACUGCAGAUCAUAGUAAAGAUGAGGCUUCUGUAAAGGAGCAAGAUUCAGCUUUGGAAGCUACUCCCUCUUCAACAGAAGACAAGCCGCUGAGACGAGGGAAAAGACGAGAGGUUGCUGCAGCAUCACAAACAUCUAGAUCUCUUUCUAUCAGAAAAAGACGUGGGUUGCUAGAAGGUGAUGAUAAAAAGAUGACUGUGAGAGAAGAUCAAAAUCUAGCUUUAGGAAAUAAAACUUUGCAGGCAAAAGCAAAUGCAUCAGCAAGGGACAAAAGGAAAAAGAUGGAUCUAGCAGCAGAGGCAAAAAGUUCGUCUUCUCUUCAGAGAAAAUGUGGCUUGUCAGAAACUGAUGAUAAAGAGGAGAGUAUUAAUGAACAAAAUAUGCCUUUGGAAACAGUGUCCUGUGUGAAAGAGAAGCCAUUAGGAAGGGGCAGAAGGAAAGAAACUGCUCUGGCAUCACACACAACUGAUUACAUUUCUCUUAGAGGAAAACGUGGUUUGCCAGCAGAUAAUGGUAGGGAAGAAGCUCCAAAAGAAGAUCAAAAUGUUCCAUUAGAAACUUUUGAUUCACCUGUAAAAGAAAACCAACUAAGAAAAGGCAGAAAGAAAGAAAUUGCCCUCUUGUUAGGAGCCACAAAUUGUACUUCUAUUCAGCGAAAACGGGGCUUAUCAAAAGAAAGUGGUAGAAAGAGUAAUUAUGGGGAAACAAAAAAGCUGAUUUUGGAAAAUUCUGCUUCCCAAGAAAAAAUGGAUCUUUCAAAAGGGAACUCGAGGCAAACAGUCACUUCACUGUCUCUUAGUUCUACCUCACUUCAAGGUUUGCCAGAAGAUGGUAAGAAUGAAACUCCUGAAGAACAACAGAGUGUACUUCUGCAAGUAGCUCCAUCUGAAAAAGAAAAUCCAUCAAGAGUGGGCAGAAAGAAAACGAUUGCUUCCAAAUCUGAAGAAACUAGUUCCACUUUUCUCAGGCAAAAACCUGGCUUGCCCAAAGAUAGAGGCCAAAAGAGGAUUCUUAAAGAAGGAUUUGAAGAUCAGCAGUCUAUGCACUUCGUUCUCAGAAGGAACAGAAACAGUGAUUUGGAGUAA